UCUAUUCAUGAGCAUUACCAUUUCACUUCAUAAUUCAUUAAUAACAUGGCUGAAGCUCUCUACUACGGCGGCCGCCAACGCCAAGACCAACCAAGGUCCACCCAGCUUGUCAAGGCCACCACCGCUGUUGUCGCCGGAGGCUCCCUCUUGAUCCUUGCCGGCCUUGUGCUGGCCGCCACCGUCAUUGGCCUCAAUAACAGUGCUGACGUGGAUCUAUAGGUACGUAACAGGUAAGCAUCCACCUGGCGCCAACCAAUUGGACACUGCCCGCCACAAGCUGAUGAGCAAGGCGCGUGAGAUUAAGGACUAUGGUCAACAGCAAACCAGUGGGGCCCAGGCUUCUUGAGCAUACCAUCUUCGUUUCCACCUACGCAUCCACGCACGCCCACGCCAUCAUUUAUCUUUUUCGAAUUGUUAUGGUUUAUUUUAUUUUAUUUAAUUUUUUAUGAGUCUGGGUUGCUUGUAUUACCGUUGUUUAUAUAUUUCCUGUGUUUAGCAUCCAUCCAUUUUAAUCCUGCCUACUCAUAUUGACAUAAAUUCAAUAUAUAUAGCUAGGGUUAUUGUCA